AUGUACUUCCGUUCAACAUUUUUGAUUUCUGUUGUAUUCGCUUCAAUGGCUCUUGCCAUGUUUGAUCAUGGCCCGAAAUAUGGAUCCCAUCCUUUCAAACCAGUCUACCUGAACCCAUAUGGAUCCAAGUACGAAUCAUAUGGAAAGUAUGACGACCACAAGGAUUCCCAUUACCAACCAACCUAUUAUCAUGACUCUUAUCAGCCAAAGUACAACGAAGGACAUGAUCAGAAGUACGGAAACGACUACUACUAUUCCUACCAACCAUCCCAUCAGCCAUACUACGGUAGCUCCUACUACAAUGAACAACCCAAAUAUAACGAUUACCACAACAACCAAAACUACUACGAUAAAUACUGA